GAGCGCGCGGGCGGCUCCGCAGUAUCCUCACAGCAUCAUUACUACACACCCUAACAUUAUUUCCCCCACCGAGAUUAUCGUUACAGUUCCUACGAAAGAAAAGAAACAUCGGCUCUUCGAAUAUCUGGAUACCCAUAUUCUCUUGGUCGCAAGGGGGACAAUUUUUAGCCAUUUUUUGUGCUCCUCGUUCAGUGGGUUUUAAUGGAACAUGGCGAUAGGGACUCAGUCCUGCAGCAUCGUCUGCCUAGUGUCCGUCCAGAUUAUUCUGAUCUUCACCGUGCCGUGGACUGGGGUGCAAAGCCUCACGUUUCCACAGCAUUACACGAUAAUGCACUGGGCCCGGCGUAUAGAGCAAGAAAUUGACAGAGUCCUACAGCACAUCAGUGGAGCACAGCAGCUUAAGGGGAUCUACAGUGAGAAGAGGAGGCAAUAUAGUGUCGUGCGGAACAAUCCCAGAGACAUAGUGGAAAAGGUUGCAUCGGACAUCGAGAAACUCCUGGCGAAGAAAAAGAAAGCGUUAGAGAAACUAGCCAAUGAAGCAGAGAAGAUGCAGAAAGAACAUCGAUGGCAGGACAGCAUCAAGGAGUGGGACGUUGAGUACUAUGACUCCAAGUCUGAGCUGGAUUAUGACGGAGAUGAGAUGGAGGCUCAGACAUCCUUGAAGCUAGAGUUUGUGUACGACCCAAACUUCAAAAAUAAUGUCAACUACUCCUACACUGCUGUACAGAUCCCCACUGAUAUCUACAAAGGCGCGCCAGUGAUUUUGAAUGAGCUGAACUGGACGCAGGCUCUGGAGAGGGUGUUUAUGGAAAACAGCAGAGAGGAUCCUUCACUGCUUUGGCAGGCAUUUGGUAGUGCCACCGGGGUCACCAGGUAUUAUCCAGCUACGCCGUGGAGAGCACCAGAUAAGAUCGACCUAUAUGAUGUGCGGCGCAGACCCUGGUAUAUUCAGGGAGCUUCAUCCCCAAAAGACAUGGUGAUCCUCGUGGAUGUGAGUGGCAGUGUGAGUGGUCUGACUCUGAAACUGAUCAAGGCCUCAGUGACAGAGAUGCUGGACACCCUGUCUGAUGACGACUACGUGAACGUGGCUCGGUUUAAUGAGAAGGCUGAGGCAGUGGUCCCAUGCUUUAAGCACCUGGUCCAGGCGAAUGUGCGGAACAAAAAGAUCUUCAAGGAGCAUGUGGCACAGAUGCAGGCCAAAGGCACGACUGACUACAAAUCAGGCUUCCACUUUGCUUUCAAUCAGCUGCUAAAUAAGACGAACGUACCCAGAGCGAACUGCAAUAAAAUAGUUAUGCUCUUUACGGACGGUGGCGAGGAUCGAGCUCAGGAUGUCUUUGAGCAGUACAACUGGCCCAACAAGACAGUUCGAGUGUUUACAUUCUCCGUGGGACAGCACAAUUACGACGUCACUCCGCUGCAGUGGAUCGCCUGCGCAAACAAAGGUUACUACUUUGAGAUCCGUUCCAUCUGUGCCAUAAGGAUUAACACUCAGGAGUAUUUGGACGUGCUGGGUCGUCCCAUGGUUUUGGCUGGGGCCAAGCAGGUGCAGUGGACCAAUGUCUACCAAGAUGCCCUGGGUCUGGGCCUGGUGGUGACCGGGACAAUGCCUGUCUUUAAUCUCACUAAGGAUGGAAACUCUCAGAACCAACUGAUUCUGGGCGUGAUGGCAGUAGAUGUGCACCUGGAUGAACUAAAGAGGCUUGCACCACGUUACCAUCUGGGAGCCAAUGGAUACAUCUUCGCCAUUGACCCAAAUGGAUACCUGCUACUCCACCCUAACCUUCAGAACAAGGUGGUUGACCUCCCUGAACCUGUGACUUUGGACUUUUUGGAUGCUGAGGUGGAAGACAGCAGUAAACAAGAGAUUCGACGACAAAUGAUAGAUGGUAGAGUGGGUGAGAUGACCAUUAAGACCCUUGUUAAGUCAAUGGAUGAGCGGUACAUAGAAGAGGCAAUUCGGAUGUAUAGUUGGACUCCUGUCAAUGACACUGACUACAGUCUUGGCUUGGUACUGCCUCUGUACAGCGAGUACUAUAUCCAGGCUGACCUCAGUGACGUCAUGCUUCAGCUGCAAUAUUUGCAGUCUUUGCUGCCAAGCUCUUUUGAGUCAGCGGGCCACGUGUUCCUGGCCCCAAGGGAGUACUGCAAACGCUUGCACAUGGCUGAGAAUAACACACAGUUUCUGGAGAACUUCCUGUCUCUGAUGGUGGAGAUCACGCCAGAGUCUGAGGACUGUGACCAGGGCCUCAUCCAUAAUCUCAUUCUGGAUUCUGGAAUAGUCUGGCAGCUGGCCACAAGAGUGUGGAAGAACAAAGAUCUGAAUACGUAUGGCUUUCUGGCAUUGUUUGCAUCCACAGAUGGAGGUGUUACAAGAGUGUAUCCAAACAUAGCUUCGGAAUCAUGGGAAGAAGAUUUAGAGCCACUUAAUUCCAACUUCUACCGACGCAGCCUGGAUUCUAAGGGAUAUAUCUUCAGAGCCCCGACUCGCACGUCUAUGGAUGACCCCUUGAUCACGGAAAACGGCACAGUGGGUAUCCUUGUCACAACUGCGGUGGAGAUCACACUUGGAGGCAAAACCCUGAAGCCGGCAGUGGUCGGGGUUAAGCUGGAUUUGGAGGCAUGGGUCGACAAGUUUAAGAUCCUGGCCAGCAAUGUGUCAGACAGCAGACAGGGUUCUCAUAAGUGUGGACCUUCUAGAUCCUGUGAGAUGGACUGUGAAGUCAACAGUGAUGAUCUGCUUUGCUAUCUGAUCGAUGAUGGUGGAUUUCUGAUCAUGUCUAAUCAGAGGGACCACUGGAAAAAGGUGGGGCUGUUCUUCGGAGACGUGGAUCCCUACCUAAUGCAUGCACUCUACAACAACUCUAUCUACGGCCGCCGUCAGUCCUUCCAGUACCUGUCGGCCUGCGAGCCCACUGCCAGCAGCCGCACAGGAGCUGCACCGCGACGUGUCUUUGUGCCCUCCAUUGCCGACUUGCUUAGUUUGGCUUGGUGGACAUCUGCAGUAGCAUGGUCCCUACUGCAACAAGUCUUUUAUGGCCUGGCUUACAACAGCUGGCUCAGCACAGGUGAUACCUUUGCUGAGGGAACUGAGACCAAAGGAAGCACCAGCUGUGUGACCAUUCAGAGUCAGUUCUUCUUCACCAACACCACCAACUCAUUCAAUGUGCUACAAGACUGUGGAAACUGCUCCAGACUGUUCCAUGCUAAGAGGAUAGAGAACACCAACCUCCUGUUUGUGGUGGCUGAGACACUACCAUGCAGCUCGUGUGAGAUUGAGAGGCUCUCACAGGUCAGGACCGAGCUUCAAGAGGAGAUUCCAUGUGAAGUCUUGAGCUCUGCUCGAUACAGGAAAGGACCUGAUAAGUGCUUUGACUACAGUGAGAAGGAGAAUACUUCUGAAUGUGGGAGGGCCCACUGUUUGCACUGUCCUGUAGGAGUCCUCAUCUGGGCCCAGUUAACAUUUCUUUGCCUCAUCCUUCAACCUUAAGCAGUCUCUAUCUCUCUAUACUUUGCUCCUGUGUGCCCUCCUCAAACCCAAAUCCCUUGUUCUAUACCCUUGUGCUCCUCUUAGUUCCCGUUGGCCUCCCAAAACCCCUGUACCCAUUUCCACCUCAUUUGCACCACAUUUUGAAGUGUUUUUUUUUUCCAAAAUAUCAGUUGACAUUCACAGCACAGCUGGACAGGUUGAUUGAGAUCUUCUACAGACUCCUCUGCAACUAACAUGUAUGAAGUUAAUUGUUAUUAUUUUUUAUUUAAGUAAAAAGUAAAAUUGCCAUAAAUAAACAUCAGUUUGUGUUCUAAAGUGUUUGCCAAAUCCAACAGUUCAUUGAUGACAAGAUGUCUGUUGGAUCUUGACCAGUGUUUAUAAUAUUGCUACUUUUUGUUGGUCAUUAUAGCCCUUCUUAUGAACAUGUGCAUCUUGCAUUAGUAUGGCUUCUGGUUUCUUAGCCUUUCUGUUCCUUCUUUCUCUUAUUGGAUUGAAGAUGCCCAGGCCUUUAUGGUUGCUAAAAACCUGGGGUUUUAAAUGUGUUCUAUAUGGUUUCCCUUUAAUGCAUAUGUUCUCUGUCUAGAGAGGAUGCUCCCUUUCUGACCAUUUUCUUUGUAAUAAAAAGAAAGAAAAAAUUAAAAAAAGACAAUUUUAAACAUUAUACCAGAUACAAUAUUUGUAGAAUGUUCAAAGGUGUACAAAAGUGUAUUGUGUACAAAAAUGGCUGCCUGGUUUGCUACCCAACAGUGCCUUGGUGCACUACUCCUAUUGGACAGACAUGAAGUAGGGGUCUGGAGUUUGCCCAGUCCUAAGCAAAUGUGAAUACCUAAGAAGGAUAGUGAUGGGUUAUAAAUACUUCCAAUUGGAUCCCUGACAAAGGAUCACAACACCACUGAUUCCUGGUUUUUAGCUUAGUCUCUAGAAUUGGCAUGGCCUUAUGCUCCCUUUUUUGAACUCUUGGCCCAUACUCUUGCCUGUCUGUAGGAAAGCGAUAUACUACUUUGCCUGUGAGUUGUAUUAAUGUCAAUUUGAGGUUCUAGGACAGUGCUGAGCAAAAUGAGUUCAGCUUUUUUUUUGUUUUGUUUUGUUUUGGUUUUUUUUAUGAGAAUGUUCACUGAUUGUUGCUUUCCCUGUGCAUGAUGGGAAAGUGGCUAGCUGACUCAUAGUUCCAGGGCUAAUCCCAAAAUGGUUUUCAGUUUGAUAUGAAAUGUACUGUACAGGCUUUAAGCUAAAAACUUUUAAAUCCUGUUUAGUGCACUGUAUGUCAAUUAAGGAGUUGUUUCAGAGUUGUUUUUCCACAGGAGCACAUUCAUAGCUUGGAAACUGCCCCGAACUGCAACUGUUGGUCUAAUUGGGCACAUGCAUUUUCAAAAAUGUAUUUCAAAUAUCUUCGUGGUUUUUUUAGAGCUUUUAUUUUGAGAUAGACGUAUGUGUACUGCAUGGAAAAUGUUUAUUGAGAUGUAUCUUUUUAGAAGUUUAGUUAUGCCUACAUUUAAUGGGAAUGUUUUGUUUAUCUUCAAGAGAUCCCAAAGCUUUGAUUAGUAAAUAAAAAUUCAGCAUUUGGCAUUAGUAGGAGAAGGAACAGAAAUUGACCAGCUGAAAUGCAUGGUCUUUUCCACACCCAAAUGGCAGUUUUCUUGUAAACCAAGUUUUAGAAUUAUAUUGGAUGGUAAGUGUGAAUUCUUCAAUGGAAUUGCUAUUUUUAGCAUAGGCUUGUAAAGAAAACACAGAAAAUGUUUUAAUAGUUAGUCCUGGAAGUAUUUCCCGGAAAUAUUUAUUUAAAAGAGCACAAUGAGGAAGCCACAGACUGAGCAGGUGAUAAUGCAUCACUGGGAUCACUUGGUUUUAAGGCUUGACUUUCAAUGGGUGUGAUGUACUUAUGUUUAAAAUUAAAAUAUUUUAAAUUUA